UAGUUCCCAUGUAAAGAACUUAAUUUAGUUUUAAUUGUUGUUGACCGUUUUUGGUUAAACCUUAUUUUACAUACAAUCCAAUACAGAUGAGAACUUAAAGCUAACCAUUCUUGUAGGAAAUUAAUUAAUCAAUCGGAUAAAAUUGUAGGUUGAGAGCUGAGGGUUCUAGCUAGCUAGUAAUAUUAAACCGAAUAUCAAAACCGAGGAAUAUUUUGCAACUUAAACAGUUUAUUUACAGUGGUGUGGUGCUGCCAAGCAACAGGGAGCUGUUGCUCCCGGCGUGUUUUUGAUUUAAUUAGAGGUUUAACCGUGUUCCUCUUAUAUUUUCUGAAAAGCAGAAAGAACCAUGAACGAUUUAAGUUUACGCGUAGCCGCAAUUAAGUUGUGCGCCCAUCCCAAGCGUUUCGCGGAGUUGCGCGACGCCCUCGUGCCGGUGCCCAACAAGUGGAAGGCAUCGCCCCACAGCUUUGUGCAGCAGUUUUCGACGGCCUCCAGUAGUGCAGAGCAGGUGAACGUCAUUCGGACAUUGUUCCAUGGAUCCCACGUGCAGCAGCCCCAGCAGGAGGAGCAGGAGCAGGAACAGGAACAGGAGGAUCGUCGUCUGGCCGUGGAACAGUUUCUGGCCAGUGUGCUCUUUGCCAGUCCCCUCAAGCACUCUGUGCGCAAUCAGUUGAUCAAGCUCUUCUCCGACCAGGCUCUGGCCAAACAGGUGGGCCAGCCACAGCACACCAAGCCACAACUGGUGGCCGCACUGCGUGAGGCCCUGCGCGAAAUGGCGGGCACAGUUUCGGCCACAGAGCCGCCUCAGCCGCUGACCCAUGACCAGGUGAACGAUGUGUUUGUGUCGGCCAGUGCGUGUCUGCAGAAUUUCGCCUAUGGCCGGGAGGCCCUCGGCCAUGAGCUGCAUAGCUUUUUGCCGCUCUUGAGCAUGGCCCUGGAACGCUAUUGGCUGGACAUCAGUAAUAGCGCUGUCCUGGAGCUAUCGCCCACGCGGCUCAACGAACUGUAUCUGUUUGUGCAGAAUGUGCUGCGCUUCCAUGUGGGCGUGCUGUCCGAGUGGGGCGACCAGUUGGUGGGCGGGGAGUCCCUGCUGCCAGUUCAAGUGGUGGCCGAGAAGGUGGCUCGUCACAGUGAUACCCCGUGGGAUGUGCGCUCGAUUGCCGGCCUAGUGAUUGGCAAAAAUACCCGAUUCUUUGAUCGUUUCGAGGAUUAUCUGGACAAAUGGUCCAAGGCCAUGCCAAUCGAGUACCUGCCCAUCCAGGCGGCAGCCCUGAACGUCCUGCUGCCCGAGGACUAUCAGCGAUAUGGCAGCCGUGCGGCGGACAUAGUGGAUCGCCUGAUGGACCUCACGGCGCACGAGGGGAGUGUCAACAAUGUUCUCGUUUACAUGGCCAAGCAUUUCCAUGGCUAUUCCAAGAGUCUGGGUGCGCCAGUGGCUCAUCUUUCGGCUGGUCCGCAGCGUCAGGGCUACGAGCGGAUCCUCUAUGCGAUGCAGCGCUUCGCCUUGGCCAACAUUUGCAGUGCCACGGACUCGGUGCGUCACAUGUGCGGCGGCAUCUUCAUGCAGAUCCUGCAGCAUGGCCAGGCCUGCGGGCUGGCGGGGCUCUUCGAAGAGGUCUAUGUGCGAUUCGAGGAUGGCGGCAGCCUGGCCGCCGGCUGUCUGGCAGUGGAGAAACUUGUCGGCGUUCAGGGGGCACGCGAGGCCAUCAGGCAUUGCCCCAGCCUGUUUGGUAGCGUAUUUCCCAAGUACUUGGGCGUGGAUAAUGCCGUCGAUUCGCUCUUCAGAGCCAUGAUGGUGGCCUCGCGCAAGGAGCAGUCUUUCGAGGAUUGGCGCGAGCAGUGGCUGGACCUACUGCUGGAGGCCACCCAGGACAACACGAAGCGGCUCUCGGCCAUCGAGGGGCUGAUCACACAGGCCGUCAAAGAGGAGCCGCAAACGCUGCGCCACAUUUGGCUGCAGCCCGACACGUCCGUACCCUUUAGCACCACCCUGACGGCCAUCUUGAGCGCACGCAACGAAGAGUCCAGCGAACUGCGGCAGGUCCUGCUCGUGGAGCACAGCCAGAGGCUGCGAGAGGCCUUAGUCGGGCAGGACGAUCAUCUGCGGCUGCUUACCUUGCGCUUUGUGGGUGCGGCCGCACGGCCCAGUGAGCCGGUCAGCGCCGAGGAGCGUGCGAUUAUUGGCUUCUAUCUGAAGCACAACAUUAACAAUCCCAGCGCCCAUAUACGACAGCUGGGCUUUGGCCACAUGCUGAAGGUGGUACGACGCAUCGAACUCUGCCUGGCGGAGCACAGAAAGCGUCCCAGCGCCACAGGAGCCGAUCAAAUGGCCUAUCUUCGCAGUCUGAUGGCCCUGCUGGCCGACAAUCUCUUUCAUUCGGCCAACUAUGGACGCCGCUGGCUCUCGCUGCGACUCCUCCAGAGCUGUACGCUCUUGUGCAGCCGCCUGGACAUGCCCAUGGGCGAUAUACUGACCGCCAGUCAGGCGGAGCGCGUCGAGGCAUGCCUGUGGGACAGCUACGAGCACAACAAACUGGUGGCCGCCCAGCUGCUGAUCAAGCUGCAGCCAUGCUCGCGCAUCGUACCGGACAGAGUGAUGGAGCUGCUGCAGUCGUUGCGUCCGCCCGACUCGCUGACGGGCGCCUAUCUCCUGCAAGUGCAUUGCCAGGCCCAGGAGGUGGAGACGCAGCUGGUACCGGCCGUACCCCUACCCGAGGGUGGGGUGCGCUAUCAGCCGCGAAUCUAUGCGGCCCUGCAGUGGUGCCUGCAACCGCUGCGCGAGGCCCUGGCCCUGGCCACCACAAAUCUCGCAGAGGGGGCCAAAUUGAGUCCCAUGUAUGGCCUGCUGCUGGCCAGUCGCCACCUCGUCGAGCUGCUAGCCAUGGAGGAGCUGGCCAGGGAGCCCCUCUGGCGGCAGUAUGUGCAGGAGCUGGUCGACGUGUGCAUGGCCAUUAGCAAGGUGGUGCUGCCGGUGGUGAGCAGUGUGGCGCCCGAGGGCUACCUGCCGGAGGCCAGUGACCAGGAGACGGACCAACAGGUGGCCAAUGUCCUAAGGCGGCGCCUGGAUGCCGAGGCCUUGCGCCAGAUUCAAACCACACCGCAGAUGGUGCUGCUCUGUGCUUGGCGUAGCAUCAAGGAGGUGUCCAACAUACUGGGCGGUCUAGUGGAGCGCUCGCCGCUCGAGCAGGAGCAGGCCGAAAAGGACGAUCACACGUAUCUGCUGAGCGGCAGUCAGCUAACAGCCAUUGGAGAUCAUUUCCUGUUGCUUCUGGCCGAGAUUAAGCAUCGCGGCGCCUUCGAGCAGGCGUAUGUGGGCUUCAGCAUGCUCUGCCGCCGCUUCUGGCACAGCGAUGCGGCCGCGCUCAAUCAAUUGCCAGCCGCCUGGGUGAGCGAGGCUCUUGACAUGAUCCAGGGAGAGCAGCAGCAGCAGCAGCAGUCUCGUCUGUGCCCCACGCGUCGCAGUGCCGGCAUACCCUACAUGCUGCAGGCCCUCGUCUGCUCGGAGUUGAAGCUGGGCACCCACAACACCCUGCAUCGCUGCAUGAACCGUCUGCUGAAGGUGUGCGAGACGCCACGUGGCGACAGUGCUGCUGGAGCAGCAGGAGGCGCUGCACGCUGCCAUGCGCUCAACAUAAUGCGAGCCCUCUUCCGCAGCAGCGAGCUGGCCGAUCUGGUGGGAGAGUUUGUGGCGCGCGGCAUCAUCUGCACGCUGGACGGUCUGCUGGCCACCGACUGGGCGGAGCAGAACAGUGCCAGCCUGCUGCUGGCCACGCUCGUCGUCCGUGUCUUCGGUGUAGAGCGGCCGCGCGAUGACGCUGGCGAGCUGCACGUACGCAAUCGGAUGACGGGACGCAUAUUCUUCACACGCUAUCCGGAGCUGUACAAUUACUUCAGCAAGGGCCUGGCCAAGGCCGCCCUCGGGCCCAGGGCGCUGCACGGCGUACAGAAGAUCCACUUGCAGAGCAUGCUGAUGCUGCUCAGUCGCCUCUAUCCCUCGUCGCUGGAGGGCGCCGAGUCCACACUGAAGCUCAGCAAUUUUGUGCCGGAUCUGCUGAAGAUCAGCCUCUGUGCGGAUGUGUUGACCCGCGAGAAGGCCGCGGCGGUGGUUGGCAUUUUUGUGGACGACCGGGAUGCCUUUGUCCGGAUGAGGCACAUCCUAGUGCAAAUGAUGGUGCUGCAUGGACGAUUAAACGCCCCGCCCUCGCAAAGGGAUGCCUUUAAAGAUGUUCCAAUCCUGAGGCACAACCGGAUCCAUGGCCAGGAGUUGCUCAUGCUGGAGCUGUACCGACGCCUGCGCUGGAGCCGCCCGAAUCUGGUCAGAAUGAUGCUGAAGACAUUGCCACAAGUGACUGUCGAUCUGCUCGACCGGAGCGUCUUUCUGUUCAAUGGGAUGCUGGAGGUGCUGGUGGCCAUACUGGAGGAUGUGGCGCCAGGACAGGUGGACGAGGAGGUGAUGGUCGAGCUACGGCAGGUGUACCAGCUGACGCCUGGGCGGAUCUACAGCCGCUGCCAAAAGGAGCGCCUCUCGCCGAAGAUCUUUCAGAUCUUUGGGCUCCACCUGCACCGACUGGACCACAGUCGUGGGGCCGCCAUGAACCACAUUGUCGAGGAUCUGUGCAAUUUCAGCGGACCAAUGCCGUUGCCCAUGGCGAUCGAGGAGCUGAACGGCGAGCUGUUGCUGUACGUGGUCCUGCAGGACCUGCCGCCGCUGCAUUUCGAUCUGGUCAAUGCCGGGGACGUCAAGGUUUUGAGCUUCUCCAGCGACAUUGUGCGCUACCACAAGGCCCUCACACCCGACCAGCGUCGGGAGCUGGCCCGGGGCAUCGCCUCGUCCCCGUCGGUGCACGUCUGCCUCCGCCGGAUGUACGAAUGGGGCCAGCAGGGUCCGCCCAAAUGCUGGAGCCUGCAGCUCGCCGGCCGCAUUGGGAUCCUACAGCUGCUGCUUCCCAUCGAUCCCAUAAUUGACUUGGGACAACUGCUGGAGCUCGGGCUGGAGAACAGCGCCGCUCACGUCCACUUUGGCCUGGUGCUAGCCAUCAAGCGGCUGAUGGACCGCCAGGCGGAGCUGUCGCAGCCCAUCUGGGUACUCCUCCUGGAGUACGCACAGAUCCUAAGCUAUGCCACACAGCCGGUCUAUCUGCGGCACAAGGCCAUCGGUCUGUGCGAGCGUAUUGGCAGCGAAAUCGGACAGCAGCUCUGCCUAGGCGAUGUGGAGAUCCUCGGCCGCUUUGCGCGCCUGGUGCUCCUCCUGCUGGUGGACGAUGACGAGGGACUGCGCAACGAUGCGGCCGUGAUGGCUGACCAGAUGUUGCGGCAAAGACUGCACCCGCAGUCGGAGCCCAAGAAGAUUCUCGCCAACGUAAUGUUUACAGAGUUCCUAAGGCAUUUCAUUGCCAGCCUUGAAAGAUACGGCAGCGACAGCGGCUUUUUGCUGCGCCUAUUUAAUAUCAUUGUGGAGCCGUUCCUGCUGAUGGCGCAGGAGACACCCGUCCAGGAGCACGGAUCCCUGGGAGAGGAUGGGGAUGUGGAUCUGUUCGAUAAGCAGGGAUCCAAUCUGUACUGCGAGACGCUGAUGGUCAUCCGUGAGGUGGCCGAUGGCUUCAAAGAGGCCUUCGAAGAGGACACUGCCUUGCUGGCGUCCAUCGAGAAGGUGCUCCGUACUCGUGUCGUUUGGUCAAGAAGCGAAUGGGACUAGAGCCAGAGAUGCUGCAACCUGACAAGUUCAAAUACUGUUGUAACCAGUGCAUUUUGUCCUUUUUUUUAUGAGUAGUUAUGCUAUAUAAACCUACAUAUCUAAACAAAA